AUGUCUGUUUGCGUGACUGUGACUCUCAUGAGUGGGAAAUCCGUGCAGAUUACCAGCAGCCCCGACUGCACGACGGAUGAGCUCAGACUCCAGGCAGAGAAAGCGUUGCAAUGCGGACCUGGCAGGCUCGUUGAUGCUUCUGGGCAGGCACUUCCCGGAGAGACCUCGCUUGACCAAUCCGGUGUCAAGACUGGUGACAUCCUGAUGUGGCACAUUCGGCAGGUGUCCUUGGCUGCGAAAAACACGAGUGUCGCUGCUGUCCUCGGGGAUGGAUCUGUCGUUACUUGGGGCGAUGCCGGUAGUGGAGGUGACAGCAGGUGCGUGAAAGAGCAGCUGCAGGAUGUGCGGCAGAUCCAGUCUACCGGAAAAGCGUUUGCUGCAACCCUUGGCGAUGGAUCUGUCGUGUCUUGGGGUGCUCCUACAUAUGGAGGCGACUGCAGCUUAGUAAAGGAGCAACUAAAGGACGUGCAACAGAUACAAGCCACAGGGAGGGCUUUUGCUGCCAUCCUUCUUGACGGAUCUGUGGUGACAUGGGGCUUUCCUUCCUGUGGUGGCGACAGCAGUUCCGUCAGAGAGCAUUUGCAGAAAGUGCGACAGAUCCAAGCCACAAGGCGUGCGUUUGCUGCUAUCCUCGAUGAUGGAUCCGUCGUAACAUGGGGGACUUCCUCUUGCGGUGGCGACUGUGGCGCGAUCCAGGAGAACCUGAAGGAUGUACAGCACAUCCAAGCCACAAGACGUGCGUUUGCUGCUGUGCUGCGUGAUGGAUCCGUCGUGACCUGGGGAGAUGCUGUUUGCGGGGGCGACUGCCUGCUUGUCAGGGAGAAGCUUAAGGACGUGCAACAGACACAGGCCACAUCGUUUGCAUUUGCA